AUGGCUGAGACCAAGGACAAGUACUCGGUGAUCCUGCCCACGUACAAUGAGCGCAAGAACCUGCCUAUAAUGGCGUGGCUCCUGCACCGCACCUUUACGGAAGCCAACCUAGACUGGGAACUCAUCAUUGUCGACGACGGAUCGCCCGACGGCACGCAAGAGGUUGCCAAGCAGCUCAUCAACGCCUACAGCCCCAACAUCGUUCUGAAGCCUCGGGCGGGCAAGCUGGGGCUGGGUACGGCGUACGUUCAUGGCCUGCAGUUCACCACGGGCAACUUUGUCAUCAUCAUGGACGCCGACUUCAGCCACCACCCCAAAUUCAUCCCGCGCAUGGUGGCCAAGCAGCGCGAGGCUGACUACGACAUCGUCACGGGAACGCGGUACGCCGGCGACGGCGGUGUCUUCGGCUGGGACCUAAAGCGCAAGUUCGUCUCCAGGGGCGCCAACCUGUUCGCCGACACGGUGCUACGCCCUGGAGUCAGUGACGUCACCGGCAGCUUCCGCCUCUACAAGAAGCCAGUCCUCGAAAAGGUCAUACUGAGCACGACGUCCAAGGGGUACUCCUUCCAGAUGGAGAUGAUUGUGCGUGCAAAGGCCAUGGGUUGCUCCGUCGCCGAGGUCCCCAUCUCCUUUGUCGACAGGCUGUACGGCGAGAGCAAGCUCGGCGGCGAUGAGAUUGUCGCUUACGCGAAUGGGGUGUUUAACCUGUGGCUCAAGGUAUGA